UAUAGAAAAAAGCUAACAUUUGAAGAGCUCUCCAAAACAUUGAAACUAUUUUCGGAGGACGAAUCCGUUCUAGAUUUGGGGAAUCAUCAGAGACCUCGAUGCCUGAGCUGUGCGGUCGUGGGAAACGGGGGAAUACUGAAAGGAUCUGGCAUGGGCAAGGAAAUAGACAACCAUAGCAUGGUGUUCAGAGUUAACAAUUGUCUCAGGAGAGGCUUUGAACACGAUGUUGGUAAUCGGACAACGCACUACGUAUUCAUGGACAGAUCCCUCAGCCAUACGCAACAGGCUGAUAUACCGAGAGAUAAGGGUAUCAAGUGGGUCUUCCUGCCUUGUAGAUUAGACGACUAUCACUACAUCUCAGAGGUCGCCAAGGGAACUAACCCUAAACAGAAACUGAAAGCUCAAGCUGCUGACAUCAGACUAAUGCACCCAGACUUUAUCAGAUAUGUUCACAAAGUCUGGAUGCAGACCAGGUCCUUUCGUCCGAGUACUGGUUUCGUGAUGUUCAUGACGGCUCUCCAAUCUGGAUGUGAUUCUGUCAGUGUGUACGGCAUGGGAUUUAACAAGAAGUACUCGGGAUACUAUUACGAUAAAAAGUUCUAUACCUACGAGAAUACGUCAAAGAGCCAUGAUUUUUUAAGAGAGGUGAAAAUCCUGAAGGAAUUGGACAAAGCUGGUAUUAUAAAGUGGUACAAAAGAGAUGUCCCUGAAUUUCUCUCGUAGCCAUUUACUAUGAAUAUGACGGACAAAGAAAGAGUACCAAAUAUACAGUUCCUCAGGUAGACAAAGGAACAUCCCUUCCCUGCUAUUAUGUAA